AUCACAAACCUACCUAGCUAUACAGUAUAUUACUAAUCUAAUACGCAUAAUUGCUAAUCUGCCACUACUAUAGUCACAGACAAAGAUGUGUACACUGGAGAAGCGUGGUCGACUUUUCUUGCUGACACUCACCGGCGACGGCGAACACCGUCUCAACCCUACCUUACUCGACACCAUCCGCUCCGCCAUCACACAGAUCCGCUCCGAUCCAUCGUCUUCACAAUCGGUCCUCAUCACAACCUCUCAUGGAAAAUUCUUCUCCAACGGCUACGAUCUCGCCUUAGCCGAAACGCAUCCUCCUCUCCGCGCCGUCAUGUCCGCCAAACUCCGAUCCUUAGUCGCCGAUCUCAUCUCCCUCCCAAUGCCGACGAUCGCCGCCGUAACCGGCCACGCCGCCGCCGCGGGGUUCCUCCUCGCGAUGAGCCACGACUAUGUGUUGAUGCGUCGCGACAGAGGGUUUCUUUAUAUGAGUGAGCUUGAUAUCGGGCUCGUGCUUCCCGCGUGGUUUGUGGCGAUGAUCCGGGCGAAGGUCGGUUCUCCGGCGGCGAGGAGAGACGUGGCGUUGGCGGCGGAGAAAAUUACGGCGGAUCGGGGUUUGGAGAUGGGAAUCGUGGAUUCUAGUUAUGGUAGUGCGGCGGAGACGGUUGUAGCCGCCGUAAAGUUGGGAGAGGAGAUAGUUCGACGUGGAGCUGAUGGACACGUGUACGGUAGGAUGAGGGAGACUCUUUUAAGAGAGGUUCUGUAUACGAUUGGUUCAGAUGAGACCGCUUCCAGUGGAGUGCGAAACAGUGGAUCUAAACUGUAGGUUGUUCAACCACUCACUGAUACAGUCUGUUUACAGUCUAUUAUUUGUACGAGAAAAUAAAAUAUUAUAAAUAAGGACCACGGCAGAUUUGCUAGAUUCUUUUUACACAUUGCAGGUUUGUAACAGUAAAAGAUGAAAUAAUGUAAUAAACAAAAUUUAUUUUAUUUAGAUUUUAGAUU